UUUAAACACUAUUUUCACACAGGAGACGGGUCAUGAAAGCCGUGUCAGUCUGCCUGACUUCCUGCCACCCCACUCACUCAGCUUUUCUGUUGCAAUAUUUUGCUAUUUCCUCUUCCUCAUAUGUGGCUGUGGUUUAGUUUCGACUAAUUCUCCAUUUUCUUUCUUUUUGAAAUAAAUAGCUGGCAAAACGGCAAACAUAUUCAGUCUCAUGCAGUGGGAGAGCUACAACGCACGUGAGAAGGUCACAAUUUGCCUAUCUCUGUUACUUUCAUUUGCAUCCAGGCAGCACGACUUAAAAUAAUGGGAACACAGUCCGCUUUGAGCCUGUUGUUUGUUUGGUCAGUUGAGUAAGGAGGGGGAAUCAGACGCGUACAGAGAGGGAAAAGGAAAAGAAGUGAGGAGAGAUAAUAGGGAGAGAGGCAUCAAGAGGAGGGAGCCACACAUGUGUUGCUUCGAACUGUGAAGUUGGAGGAGAGGAGAUUCAAGCCAAGGAGGGGGAAGGAGUGCUUCCUCUUUGGUCUGUCUUGAGCUGCUGAUGCAUCACAGCAGCCUCUGUAAAUUGCGACAGGAAACCUCUGUAUAAAACGCAACAGAGGAGGAGGAGGUGGGGGGGUCUUUCGGAGUGCUUCUUAGUCGCAGCAUGUUCAAGACGGAGAAGCUGAAACUCUGGAGCUGACAAAACAAUGACCAGCUUAAUCGAGGAACCGCUCAAGAGACAGGACUUCAUCAUGGACAGAGAAAACAGUACAAGGAACAGGAACAUGGGAAAGAACUUUAUAUGCCGACUCCAGUGCAUGUUUUCCCAAACGUCGAGGCUAAGUUUAGACGAUACCCAACAAUGGUCACAGUCACUGGAAAGGCUGCUUGAGUCUAAAUAUGGACUGGCUACCUUUCAUAACUUUCUCAAAUCUGAACACAGUGAUGAGAAUAUUGAAUUCUGGCUCACCUGUGAGGACUACAAGAAAAGUAGGUCUUCAUACCGAAUGUCCUCAAAGGCCAAGAAGAUUUAUGAGCAGUUUAUCAAAGCAGAGUCACCUAAAGAGAUCAACAUUGACUAUCACACUCGAGAGCAGAUCAAAAGGAACGUCAAGACUCCCACUACGCAGUGCUUUGACGAAGCUCAGAAGAUAGUUUAUGGGCUGAUGGAAAGAGACUCGUACCCACGGUUUCUCCGCUCGGACAUUUAUAGAGGUCUCUUGGAAAGCCUCGCUGCUGACACCACAAAUGGAUGAAAGUGCAGUCAGGAGGAGAGAGAAAGGACGUAAAACCUAUAACUGGAAUGUCUGAGCUCCUUCAAGAGGAAGAACUGACAAGAGAGAGGGAAGAGGAGGUGGGGGUGGGAGGGCAGGGAGGGUUAGCCACUGCAGCACUUGAGCACAAACAUUGGCCUUGCGCCUCACUACCACCACCACCACCACCACCCCGUCCAAAAGCAAGCCACACACCUGGGGAGUGUGCAGAAGCAGGAAGCAGGAAGCAGGACGCAGUCAGCGCGUUAGCGGCCUUGUAGGCAGUGUCUGCACAGGAUGAGACAUUUGUGAAACGGAAGGUCUCGGACACUGAAUGAAUCAGCAGGAUGGUGCACUUCUGCUCUGACUGUAGAGCUGUGUAAGCAAAACUUUCAAUGGACCCCCCCUUUGGCCUUUUACUCAGAGGUGUUUCCUCUGCAGAUAAAAAAAAAAAAAAAACAGAGGAUGUAAGAUGCAAAGCCAGAUUUUUUUAUUUUAUUUUUUUCGCAGUGUGUAUGUAUGAAUAAGUAGGACAGAGUUUUGGGCCAGUUUAAAAACAACUUUUUUUUUUUAAUUAGGACUUUAAAGUUGUAAAUUUACGAGAAAAAAAACAUAACUGUUAAAUCACAAGAAAAAGGUCAUAAAUUAACGAGAAAAAAGUUGUCCGUUUAUCAGAGCUUUGCUUGAAGAUGAAAAAUGUGGAGCAUUUUGUAGAACUUUAUUUCAGGGAUAGGUUUCAAAAACAAAUAAAUUCUGAACCUUUUGGCAACUCAAAUCAAAUUGUUGAUAGUGUAGCCAGCUUUAUGGGGUUUAGUGUCGGUAAAGCGGAGUUUCAUUUGUGAAAUAAAGAGGUCAGAAACAUGUUUCGAGGACCGAUAAUUUAGUAUGCCCUUUUCAUUCACAUACCCAGAAGUGCAUUUGUCACCUUAUGUCAUGUCAUGCUCACAAGAAACACCAAAGCGGAAGGAAAACAGUGUUCCUUAUGUCCCCUCCUCAAGAUGAAACGUUUCAUUUCAACAUAAAACAACAAAGAUAAAGGAAAAUAGUCUGUUAUAUUAGCAUAAGAACGUUGAAAUGCCAAAAAGUGAUGCUUCCUCAGACAGAAGCGUCACACAGACUUCUGUCUGAGAUCUUGUCUUUCCUGGAGGAAGAAAGGAUUGAAGUGGACAGCUGCAGGGUAUUCCGAUGGCUGCAUUACCGGGCUGCAGAAAUCCUGCAAGCAAAUAAAACAUUAAUAAAUCGUAAAUCAAACAAAUGAGCUUCCAAACAUUUUUAACAUUAUCAAUAAACAUUCAGCUUACCCGUUCAACUAAGUUAAGUUGGUCUGCUCUGCUGACGCACGGCGUUCACUUGCUGCUGAACUGUAUAUUCUCACUUCCACUUUAAUCUCGUAAAUUUUACUUUUUUUUUUAUAUCCCUAAAACUCCAGCGUAAAUAAGAGACAAAUUUAAUGUUGGCAUUCAAAUAUAAGCUGUUGCAAAUGAGCUGGCCCAACGAUAAUAAUGACACCACUAAGUUUAAAAGAAAAUCUAUAAGAAAUGGAGGAUGCACGUUAAAAGAUACUUUUUUUUCCCUUAAUCAACCUUAGGAUUGUAGAAUCAAAUGCAUGUAAAUAUACAUUUUUGUCUAAACUGAACAUGAUGAUGCAUGUUUAACAUCUAAUAGUUGCAGUUGAAAAUUGGAAUGAGUACAACAUUUUUUUUAAACUAGCUGCACUACUGAAACACUGAAUUUUCCAAUUAGAAGCUGCUGAUGUUGAGUUGAAUUUGUCAAAGAGGCUGACUACCAACUGAUUUCUAAACCACAGCACUGCAGUGUGAAAGAGUUCUGCGUGAUAACACAUUUGGGUUGCGUAAUGAUAGAAAUAGGAUGUUUCACAUAGCAUGACAGGAUGUUAAAAUUCCUUAAGUUUCCUGAGAGUACUUUUUUCUAAAGCACAUGGUUUGAAUGUUUGUUCUUGUUAAGGAGUUAAGUUAAAUUUGAGUUUUGUGUUAUUUAUUGUAAAUUGUCACACAAUGAGUACAGUUUGUUGUAGAAAGAUGUAAUAAAUUUGAAUGACAUUAAAUUAUUUUAAUAAUCUCCUCAAAA